UUCCCUCCUCUUGCUUGCACACACAGCAGCAAUGGUGCCGCGCUCCCUCAACUCGACCUCGCUUCCCGACGCCGAUACCCCGCCGCCGCCGCCGCCGCCGCCGAUCGACCCGAACGACGACGCGGAGGAGCAGCUUUCGGCUGAGGCCCCUGACCUGGCUGCCCGCCUGGAGGCGCUGGAGCUGGCGGCGUCCGAACGCGCGGCGGAUUUGUCCUCCUCAUCACGCGCGGGGGUGAUACUUGAGGAGCCGGCGGAGCCUUCGUCUUCCAAGCCGUGGUGGUCGCCGCCACGGGGCUGGAGAGUGGCCUUCAGCACCGCAACUAUCAGUGACACGCUGGAGAGGCUGGACGACAGCAUCGUCCUCAGACUCCGGGGGAGGGCGCUGCACUGCUUCAACAAUGAGGCCUACGACCUCCAAUGUUACCCGAUCAUACACUCCAAUGGGCAAUACCUGUUUAAGGGAUCCCUGUUUCAGUACCUGUUCUUUGAAGACGAGAAGCUGCACGCUGAGAUUGCACGGUACAAGUUCAGCUCAUAUGAGACCCCUUUCCUCCCUAGCCUUCUCAUGGAGCCAAUCACUAGAAUUCCCUGGAGUCUACAGGGUCUGCAUCCAGCUGCUGAAUCUAUCAACAUAAAUGAGAGGGUUUUGAUAAGGUACUUCUAUGAAUUUCUGCCAAUGCUUGUGAACGAAGGAAGUGAUGGUCAACCUGUAUCAAGCUCUCAGUGUGAUGUCAAGAUUUUACAAGCACUCUCCAAUAGGAUCCACUAUGGCAAAUCUGUGGCAGAGUCAAAGUUCCUGGAGGAACCUGAAAAAUAUACGUCUGCAAUCAGAGAACAAGACAACGAUAACCUGAUGGAGACACUGACUAACCCUGAUGCUGAGGAGGAGGUUAUUACGCGUGUGAAGAACAAGGCCAUGGUCUAUAGGCAGGAGGUGGACCCUGAGUUGGUCGGCGAGCUAUAUGACAAGUUGGUCAUCCCAAUGACCAAGGAAGUGCAAGUGCAGUACCUCCUCAGGAGGCUCGAUUAGUCUGAGCCCCAUCCUUUUUGCCUAUCUGCCUGAAGACACUGAACUCUAUGGACAUGCAACAGCUUACCCUGAAAUGAUUAGGCCAUUUUUUACUUCUGACAUCAUGCUCUGGUGCAGUUUUCCUUCCAGUAAUUGCAGCUUCAUGUAGUGUAGUUCGGUUUUCUGGGGAACACAAUGUAGUUGCAGAUUCAUUGAAUCAGAAUGAGUGGUUAAGAGUUGAGAUCAUGCUAUCGUUGAGCGAAUGGCUGGACUUGUGUUACUCUGAAUCUUGUACUUGUUGUUUUUUGUGUUUUAUUGUACUUGCUCCGGCAAGAUGUAUUGCCCCUCGGACACGUUUGAACAAUAUAUUCAGGUGGGGAGACUCCCCCCACAACAA